CCAGGGAGUCCAGAGGUCCGAGUCGGGGGGCCCCUGAAACCCAGAGAGGAGGAGGAGAGAGGAGGUGCUGAAAGGGACUCGAUACCGCCCCCCCCCGAAAAAGCCUGGAAGAAUUGCGCUCCGUCAGUGCGCCCUGCCUGCCAGUCGGAGGAUGGGGAUUUUUUUUUCCCAUUCAUCCACGUCCCCUUUUUUCCCUCCUCCUUCUCUCAAACAAGCCAGUCGGUCUGUCAAUGUGCUGCGAGCAUUAGGGCAAGUCAAACCAGUGGGAUUUUGAGGCAGAGAGACGGAUGAGAUAACGAAUGAAGCGCUUUCCUCUGGCGGAGCAGCGACACAUCCAGCUCUCCAAAUGAUGCGCUACAUCAGAUAGGCGUCAAUUUCCAACAGGGACUGAUGCUCAUAACUCGCAUCUUCUUUUUUUUAUAUUUCUUCACAAGUUUCACGUUGGCCUUUGUGCGACGUUAGAGUGGAGGUGCUUUUCUAGCUCUUUGGUUUGUUUCUCCCUCAGUUUUCUUGUGUUGCGGCGUGAAUUGAUUCUUGGAUUUAUCAUCGAUUUGGAUCCUGAUUUUGUUUUUUUUUUGUCUUUGUUUUUUUUUUUUUUUUUUUAAUUUUCAACGAGUCUAUUGCUGCAAGGAUUUACAAGCCGUGUGUAUUUUACAAAGAGGAGAAUAAGGAUUGUAAUGCGCACUGACUAAGCCCACCGAGCAUCAACAUGUCUUUAUGAGGAUGGAGCCGUGGACACGAGUGACAUCUUUUCCGUUUUAAACGCUUUACCUUCACAGUUUUUGGCCCGAUCGCGACUGUUUCCCUCUCACAGACUGACAAUAUCUCUUUUCAGUCCAGCCUGAUAUGUUGGGAGGUAGAUCUUCUAACGAGAAAACAAGGUAAUGGGAGAGAAAUCACACAGAGUCGGCACAGAGAACAAGGGAACAUUGUUCGGAAAAAGACAAUUAGGGCGCACCGAAAGGCAGCAGAAAUAGCUUUUGGGUGGCGAAAAAUUUCAGAAAAUUCGAUUCAGUGGAGUUAUAUUUGUGCCGAGGAGCAGUGAUUUGCAAAAAAAAAAAAAAAAAAGGAGGACUUAUGACAAAUUAACGGGAAAGUCAUGGGAUUGGCACCGAAAUAGUACCGAUCGUGGACGCGCAGAAAAGAAGAAGAAAAAAAAACACCCGUCAUUUUGGAGAUCCAGACGCACGGAUUGAACAAGUUUCUCCUGCACAUUUGAGAGUGUGUUUUUGGGUCGAUCCAGUAUAAUCUGAUGCAUUUGGGAUCCAUGAAGUUGUAUACGGCAGGCUUUCACUCCACACUCUGACUGUCUCUACCUAUAGCCUGAUCGGCUGUAGUCGCACAUCCAUUGUUUUAAGAGUGUCCUUGCAACAGCAUCGAAAACAGAAAAUAUUGUCCAUUUCAGUUAGAUGGGGCUGCAUAUGCUGGGUGUCAGGGUUGAAAUGGCGUGUCGAGGACAUGGGAAUGGAUUGGGAAUCCUGCUGGUAUUCUUACUGGAUUUACUGGGGACGACUGCCAGCAAUAUGGAGCCCAUCUACUGGAAUUCCCUGAACGAAAGGUUCAGGGAUGAUAAGGGCUACGUCCUGUACCCUCAGAUCGGGGACCGGCUGGACCUCAUCUGCCCUCCGCUGGACACCGCCAGGUCCACGCCUGAUUACGAGUUCUACAAGCUCUACCUUGUGUCGUCGCGGGAGCAGGCGGACCGCUGCGAGGUGAUGGGCGCCCCGAACAUCGUGCUCACCUGCGACGAGCCCACCCGCGAGCGGCGCUUCACCAUCAAGUUCCAGGAGUUCUCGCCCAAUCUGUGGGGCCACGAGUUCAAGAGCAUGCACGACUACUACAUCAUCGCUACGUCAGAUGGGACGCGCCAAGGCCUGGAUAGCAUGAGAGGCGGAGUGUGUGCCACGCAAGGCAUGAAGGUGGUCCUGAAAGUGGGACAGAGCCCAUAUGGACUGCCUCCGAAGAAGGAGCCUGCGGGACGCACCACCAGCAGAAACCCAGGCGGCGCAGGGAACUCCACUCAGUCUCAAAGACCCAACAGCUUUGGCGGCGAGGGCAGCGGCGAGAACGGGCCCCUUCAGCCUUCCAAUAUCGCCCUCAUCGCUGGCGCUGCGGGAGGCUCCGCCUUUCUCCUGCUGGUGACCGCUGUGAUCUGCGUCGUGUGCUACCGGCGGCGGCACGCCAAGCACUCGGACACCCACCACCCACCACUGUCGCUGUCCUCGCUCACCAGCCCCAAGCGGGGAGGCGGCGGGGGCAUCACCAGCUCCAACAACAACGGCUCCGAGCCCAGCGACAUCAUCAUCCCUCUGCGGACGUCGGACUCGGCCUACUGCCCACACUACGAGAAGGUGAGCGGGGACUACGGCCACCCCGUCUACAUCGUCCAGGAGAUGCCGCCUCAGAGCCCAGCCAACAUCUACUACAAAGUAUGAGACGGCCGCUGCUCCGGCCAACUGGACACACCCACCUCCCUCCACCCAUUACCAACAAAUUCCCUGCUCCAAAUGAAGCAUCAGCUCACCAUCACAGCUCCCAUCCUGUACCCCUCAAUACUACCAGUAUUGUCCCCCGGACCCCACUCACUGCCCUGUGAGCCCACACCCCCGGCCACAGUUGUGUUUCUAGCUGAAUAAACCACCCCACCCCAUUCUCACACAACUGGGCCACUAAGUGUGUGUUAAGGGCAAUGUCGUAACCGUACAUAGCCCUUCUUAACAAGGCCCUCACGAAUGGGCGAGAGCCUCUGAGUGCCCCCCCUUCUUGUUAACUCAGAGCUAAACGAGCCCCACCCGUGCUGAAUAGAGUCGUUCCCCGAAACGCCAGAGUGUAUGUGCAGCACACACACUCUUUUUGUAGGAGUAUGGACCUGGCGUAGGGACACGUGAUGUUUUAAAAAAAGAAAAAAAGAACUACACAGUAACAAAAAAAAAAAAAAAAAACUACACCCUGAACCCACAGCGCUGGAGAACUCUGUUUCCCAGAGGCCAUACCUGCCUAUCCCACCAUCCCGCCCCUCAGAGCUCCAUCAGCCAACCAGAGACCGGCCCCUGCCACUAACUCACCAAUAGGAUUGUAGUUUGUUUGUGUUUGUUUCUCCUGAGAAAACAGGGGCCUCGGACUCAGCCAAUCAGCAAGCCCGGGCAGCGGUCACAUGACCCGACCCAGGCCUGAGGAGGUCUGACCAAUCGGUGACACUCAGAAUCUUGUAUAUUUUAAUAAUGUGUGUGUGUGCGCGUGUGUGUGUGUGUGACUGUGCGAGUGCGCAUACGACUUGGAUAAUAAUUAUGGCGCUGCUGCUCCACAUUAGACGUGUGUGCAGUUAGUGUGCUUCAGUACAGCAAGUUUGCAUAUGAGUUUGCAUAUGCGUGUGUGGGGUGUAGUUUGUGCGUGUGUGUAAGCUUUGUGUGUGGGUGAUUGUGCGUACGCGUGCGUUCUUUAGACUUGUCUUAAAUACCAAAACACAAACUAGUGAGCGAAUAUCAAAAAAAGUGAGAUUUUUUAUCGCUAUCAACACUUAUAGAUUAUAUAUAUGAAUAUCCAGUAAAUAAUUUUUAGAUGUUUUCUUCUGUUUUCUAUUGUUUUAUUAUUUUUACCCACUCUGUUAAACUACAUUUCUGUUGCUAGACAUUUUUUAUCUGCUGUUUUUGUUUUUCACGACUUACAACGACCUUGUUUCCUUCCUUUUCCCUUUGCGUUGUAUAUUAAUUUAAUCCCUUUUUUAAUUUUCCUGGCGAACAGAGGUUGUUUCUCUCUUCCUCUCUUCCCUCUCUCAUUCACUCCCCCCCCCCCCCUCCCCCUCUAGGGUCUCUGAACUCUGUGUAUAUUUUUAUAGCUCCUUGUACUAUGCUGUAGUUUUGAAGUUUAGACCUCGUUUGUGGAAGUGUUGAGGUAGAACCAUCUAUGAAAGGUUUUUUUUUUGUUCUUUUUUUUUUCAAAUGCUUUUUUUGAAACGCAGAAGUGAAAAGAAGUGAG